UUUCAAUGUAGCUCAAAAAUUUGGCGAAUGCUCUAACUAAUAGUUCUAAUUAGAGUUCUAGCAGAGGACUACUAAUUGCCAAGCUGCAACUCAGGUGGUUGCAGUUGCCAAAUUGCCGAUCGUUGCAUUUAGUCCGUCGCUAUGCGUUGCAUCGUGUGGUACAUUUCGCUGCUGGCUCUGCCAGGCUUCGUAUUGGCUGGGCGCACCAAACGGUUUCUCAUCUUUCCACGUCAGGCGCCCACCAGACAUCUGUUUAUUGCGGGCAUAGGCAUUCCGGCGGAUUUGUCCUAUGAAUCCUUGGUCAUUGGCCAUGUACUGAAAACCGAAUUUUUUCUGCCCUACAAUGCCACCGUAUACAGGCAAAAUCCCUACUUGCCGGAAUAUAAACACCAGAGUGUUCCCAUUAAUAGUAAUUUGCACCAAUUGCGACUCCUGCAAAAGCAGCCAAGCCAAUUGCGUUGGCAGAUUUAUGCAUACAUUGAGCACAUGUUGAAUGGUUAUGGCUAUAAUGGCCACGAGUGUAUGCUGCAAGCUAUUUGUGAGGCGAACACAAUUCAGUUCUCAAAGGACUUUAGCGUGGUGCAGGAGCUGCUGCACGUGCUCUUCGCGCCCUCCACCUCCCUGAAUGCAGCCGCUCCAGAGGCAUAUGACUUCACUUUGGCCGAGAAGGCAAACAAAAAGUCGAAUAGUUGUGAGAUCUAUGAUUGUAAUCUAAAGCUACUCGAUUGGUUUUCUCAAGUAAUGCAGAUACUUUGA